UAGUCCGCCGGGGCGGCGCCUGCCGGGCUAGAGUGACGCCGACGGCGGCGUGCGCGUCCCCCGGGCUGCCUGGGCGUCUGGCCGGUCUGCGCUGCGAGAUGGCGGCGCCCGGAGCUGAGCCCGACGCCGAGCUGGAGGAGCUGCUGGCGAGCGCCCUGGAGGACUUCGAGAGGGCCGCGCCGGCGCCCGGGGAGCCCGCCGGAGGAGGAGGAGGAGGCGGCGGCGGCGGAGGAGGAGGCGGCGGCGAGGGGGUGGCGGAGCCGGCGGGAGAGGCGCAGGGCCGCCUGCUGGCCGCGCAGGAGACCUUCUUCCAGGAGCUCUUCGAGGGCGAGCUGGCGUCGCAGGCGAGCGCCGAGUUCGAGCGGGCCAUGGAGGAGCUGGCGGCCGAGGAGCCGCUGCUGGUGCAGCAGUUCCAGAAACUCUCGGCGGCCGCGGGCAGAGUCGGGAGCGACCCCGCGUCCCGCCAGGAGUUCACCUCCUGCCUGAAGGAGACGCUCAGCGGGCUGGCCAGGAACGCCGACGGCCUGCAGAGCUCCGGGGUGUCCGAGGAGGAGCUGAGCAGGACGAUGGAGGGGCUCGGUCUGGAAGAGGGGGACGGCGGGGAAGGCAGCCUUUGGCCCAUCAUGCACAGCAUCAUGCAGAACCUGCUCUCCAAGGACGUGCUCUACCCCUCCCUCAAGGAGAUCACCGAGAAAUACCCCGAAUGGCUCCAGAGACACCGAGACUCCUUGCCCAAGGAGCAGUACGACAAGUACCAGGAGCAGCACAGGAUCAUGGGAAGGAUCUGCGAGCAGUUCGAGGCUGAGCAGCCCAUGGACGGUGACCCGGAGCAGAGGGCCCGCUUUGAAAUGAUCUUGGACCUGAUGCAGCAGCUGCAGGACCUGGGACAUCCUCCCAAGGAGCUGGCCGGAGAGUCGCCUCCUGGCCUGAACUUUGAUCUGGAAGGACUGAAUCUGCCUGAUGCUGGAGGCGCCGGAGGCGAGCAGUGCCAGAUCAUGGCUCCUCCGCUCGCCCGUGCGGGCACAAAUCCCUUCGGCUCUUUUUACUCGGGGCUUUGCCCCGCGACAGCUGCCUUGCGGGAGGGCGAGGCGGGAAGGGGCUCCAGGAGCGCAGGAGGCUUGCCGGGCGAGCCCGAGUCCCUGCGGGAGGCUGGCCCAGAACUCGCAGGUCGAUGUCCGAGUGCGGUCGGAAGGAGGGGCCGGCUGUCCCACGUCCGCUUGCAAGAGGGGAACCGCGGAAGGGCGAUUGCACUUGGGCGGCCCGGCCUCCCGCCGUCCGGGCGAGGAUCCCCCGGGAGGUUUGGCAGCGCGGCGCUUCCGGACUCCCUUAUGCCAGCCACCAGGGCUCGCUCUCUAUGGUUUUUCCCGCUCUGGGCAGGCGUCUCUACGGCGCCUCCGGCCUCUGCCUUUUCCCCGCCUCUGCCCAAGAUGUCAGACGCGGGGAAUAGCACACAGGGGAAAGCGAAUAUCCCUAAUGGAAGCUUGUCCAGCAGCCCAGAAGAGAUGUCCGGAACUACAGAGGGACCCGAGACGUCUUCCGGGGUGGAGGUGGAGGCUUCCGACCUGAGCCUCAGUUUGACAGGGGACGAAGUGGGCCCCAGCCAGACUUACACAGAAAGCUCCACUGAAGAGAAGGACUCGGACAGCAUGGAGGAGACAGGGCACUACUCCAUCAAUGAACUGAAUCGGACCUAUGACCACUCCCCUUCAGAGGAGGAGGAAGAGGAGGAGGCGGAGGAGGAAGAAGAGGAAGAGCAGCAGCAGCAGCAGGAGGAGGCGGUGGAAGUGGAGGCCCAGCGUUCCCGCUGGCGAGCACACCGCAAGCGCCCCAACCAGGACAGGGACUCCUCGGAUGACGAGCGGGCCCUGGAGGACUGGGUGGCCUCGGAGACGAUGGCGCUGCCCCUGCCGCGCUGGCGAGCUCUCCAGGCGCUGCGGGGGAGGGAGCUCGGCUCCAGUGCCCGCUUCAUCUAUGAUGCCUGCGGGGCCCAGCUGUUCGUGCAGCGCUUCUGCCUGCAGUACGGCCUGGAGGGCCACGGGGGCUGCGUCAACACCCUGCACUUCAACCAGCGGGGGGCCUGGCUGGCCAGCGGCAGUGAUGACCUCAAGGUGGUGGUCUGGGACUGGGUGCGCAGGCGGCCCGUGCUGGAGUUUGAGAGCGGCCACAAGAGCAACGUCUUCCAGGCCAAGUUCCUCCCCAACAGCGGAGACUCGACCCUGGCCAUGUGUGCUCGGGAUGGCCAGGUCCGUGUAGCUGAACUCUCUGCCACGCAGUGUUGUAAGACCACAAAGCGGGUGGCCCAGCACAAGGGCGCAUCGCACAAGCUUGCCCUGGAACCGGAUUCCCCCUGCACUUUCCUCUCGGCCGGAGAAGAUGCUGUGGUUUUCACCAUCGACUUGAGACAAGACCGGCCGGCUUCGAAACUAGUUGUGACCAAAGAGAAGGACAAGAAAGUUGGUCUCUACACCAUUUACGUGAACCCAGCCAACACGCACCAGUUCGCUGUGGGAGGCAGAGAUGAAUACGUCAGGAUCUAUGAUCAGCGGAAGAUUAAUGAAAAUGAGAACAAUGGGGUGUUGAAGAAGUUCUGCCCCCACCACCUGGUGAACAGUGAGUCGAAAGCCAACAUCACCUGUCUGGUCUACAGCCACAAUGGCUCAGAGCUUCUGGCCAGCUACAACGACGAAGACAUCUAUCUCUUCAACUCCUCUCAUAGCGAUGGAGCCGAAUACGUCAAGAGAUACAAGGGCCACCGCAACAACGCCACAGUGAAGGGGGUCAACUUCUACGGCCCCAAGAGCGAGUUUGUGGUGAGCGGCAGCGACUGCGGCCACAUCUUCCUGUGGGAAAAGGCCUCUUGCCAGGUGGUGCAGUUCAUGCAAGGCGACAAAGGGGGCGUGGUCAACUGUUUGGAGCCUCACCCCCACCUCCCGGUUCUGGCCACCAGCGGCUUGGAUUACGACGUCAAAAUUUGGGCCCCCACCGCAGAGAUGCCCACCCAACUGACCGGCUUGAAGGAGGUGAUCAAGAAGAACAAGCGGGAGCGGGACGAGGACAGCCUGAACCACGCGGACAUGUAUGAGAGCCAUUUGCUCUGGUUCCUCAUGCACCAUUUCCGGCCUCGACGGCGUCACAGGCGCCAACGGGAUGCAGGCACUGGAGUGGCUGACAGCGACUCCGAGGACUCCCUCAGCUCCUCGGACACCCUGGACGAAGACGAGGAGGGCCCCGACCGGGUGCAGUGCAUGCCUUCCUGAGACCCCCAGAGGCACGGAAUAGGCUGCAGGGACGCCGGGAAGGGCGGAGAGCCUUCCCUGUUGAAUUAGCCACCCUCUUCCUGCUUUAGAUGAGAGGCCCGCCCUCACCCUGCUUGCCAGCCCUGGUUAGCAGGAGGGCCGGCUUGGCUCAGCCCCACCCUUGGACUUUGCUCUCCCUUUCGCCUUCGGCUGCCCUUUUCAGCACCAGAUUUCCCAGAGUCCCAGGGGGGCUGGAUUCCUGGCUGCGGUUGCCGCCUGUUCCCUUCAAAGCUUCUUUGGGGUGGGGGGCGAGAGUUGGCUUGGUUCCUCUCCUUUCUGGGGGGGGAAGGGGGAGGCUUCAGAAGCACUUUGGAGAUGUACUUUUAUCUCGCCCCCCACCCAUCCAAGGACACCCGGCUGCUGCAUGUUGCGUCCAGGAUGAGCAAACCUGGAUUCUGCUUUUCCAGUGAAAAUUUGGGAGCUUUGUUCCUUCUGGGUUUGGUUUUUUCCCCCUGGUUCUCUCUUUCUUUUGGUGUGUUUUUCCUCCAGCAGCUCUAGGCACAAAGGGCCUCCUUCCCUCCCUUGGCCGUCUAGAGCCGCCUCUGCGGUCGAGAGUGGCCACUCGCCUGAACUCGGAGCAUAAAGUUUAAAAGGUUUGAACGCAGCCGCCUUGUUUUUUCCCUUCCUCUUCAGGAUAAUCUCUUGGUUUUGAAAGCAACUUUUUUUCCCCCCCGAUUGCUGUUUAGAGGCCUAAUUUUAUAUGUAUUAAACAAGACAAGAACCAAAUUAAACUUGGAUGUUAUCAAGUUAAAAUUAUUGUAAAAGUUUAAAUAUAUAUAUAUAUUAUAUAAAUGCAAUAAAUGAAUUGAGAGAGA